AUGGCGUCGCCACCACCACCGCCGCUGACCUCCACCAAUACCAAAUCCGAGCCCCUUAAGACCAAUAACAAUCAUCAAGAUCACAAUCACGGCCACAAACAUGUGACCAUGGCCGAAUCGUUGUCUCGGGGACCGUCGAUGAGAGAGGCAACGCAAUUGGUAUGCGGUGGAGACCAAAGAGAAGUGAAAAUAAACGAUAUUGUAGGGAAUGGGAUAUCGGGGAUUUUGAAUAAGUGGGUGAAUUACGGCAAGGGUUGGAGGCCCAGGUGGUUUGUUUUGCAAGAUGGUGUACUUUCCUAUUAUAAGAUCCAUGGGCCUGAUAAGAUUGUGGUGAACCAAGAGACCGAGAAGGGGAGCAGAGUUAUUGGCGAGGAGUCCUUGAGAAGGAUUUCCAGGUGUAAGAAUCGGAGCUCCCAGGUCCGUCGCAAUCCUGUUGGCGAAGUUCAUCUCAAGGUUUCAUCAAUCCGUGAGAGCAGAUCGGAUGACAAAAGAUUUUCAAUUUUUACUGGAACAAAGAGGCUACAUUUAAGGGCCGACACGCGGGAAGAUAGAAUGGCAUGGAUGGACGCAUUGCAGGCUGUUAAGGACAUGUUCCCUAGAAUGUCCAACAGUGAAUUAAUGGCUCCUUUGGAAAAUGUUUUUGUGUCAACAGAAAAAUUAAGGCAGCGGUUGUUGGAAGAGGGUACGAGUGAGGCAGCCAUCCUGGACUGUGAGCAGAUCAUGAGGAACGAGUUUGCAGCACUGCAGAAUCAACUUGUAUUGCUUAAGCAGAAGCAUUGGCUUCUCAUUGACACUCUGCGGCAGUUAGAGUGGACACAUGGCAUUCCAAGGAGCAAGGGGCAACCUGAUGUGGCAAAAUCACAUCUUUCCUUGAACAAUGAAGGUGGCGUAGUGAGACAAAGUCCACCCUUCAUCGUGAGACUCAUAGUGGAGCAUGACAUGGCAAGCACACAUCCAUGGAGUACAAGAUCCUUGUCUACAAGACAAGAGCAACAUCACGAGAUUCAGGGGGUAGCUGAUAUGGCAAGCUCAUACCCUUCCUUGAUCUUUGUCCAAAGGGGCAAGAGCACCAUUGGCCGCAUUGAAGUUAACUUAGUGACAAAUAAUCAAUCCUCCCUUGCGGAAUCUGUCGUGGAGGUAAAGGCAUAUAGGCAGGAUCCUGUGACUACCGAAGAUUUGAAGGAUGCAAAGGGUAUCCACAAUCCUAGUAUCUAUGGGUUGAGCAUCAAUGGUUCAAGCACUAACCGUGGUGAUAAGGUUUUGGUGGUGUCUUGGGUGCCACAUUCAUGGCAGUGCAUUUGGUCUCAUGGGGUUAGCCUGUGGUGUGGGCAAUGCAGUGCCAGCAAUGGUAGUGUUAGUUGUGUGGGCAGUAGCGAAAACGGGUUUACUGAGCUUGGUUUCAAUGCACGUGCUCUCCACGUGGUUAUCACACUGGUGACUAUAGUGGUUGUUGCAGGACAGUCGUAUGUAAUAAUGGCAGCAUUGGCAGCUUUGCAGAUGGGCAAAAAGGUUGAUCUGGAGAAUACUGUGGUUGAUGAGAGCCAGAGACAAUUGAAAGAUGUAGGGGCAACUUCUAGAUUAAGGCAAGACAAAUAUAGUGAAGCAAGUGCGAGUGCAAGUGAAUCUGAUGAUGACAAUGAAAGAGCCGAUGCUGCGGAGGAAGAAACAGAUGAUGAAGACAAUGCUUUCUUUGAUACCCGUGAUUUUCUCUCAUCAAGUUCUUUCAAAAGCAAUGGGUCUGAUUUUCGGACAUCGUCUUUUUCAUCAGAUGAUGAUGGACUGUAUGCAUUUGAAUCUGAAGAUGGAAGUGACCCUUCCAUUAGAUCUGCUGGAACUAACUUCCCUUAUGUCAAACGUCGCAAGAAAUUGCCUGAUCCUGCUGAAAAAGAGAAGGGAGUAAGUCUGUGGUCGAUGAUUAAGGAUAAUAUUGGGAAGGACCUCACGAAAGUUUGCCUUCCUGUGUACUUCAAUGAACCUGUCUCUUCUUUGCAAAAAUGUUUUGAAGAUUUGGAGUAUUCUUAUCUGCUUGACCGGGCAUAUGAAUGGGGGAAAACGGGUAACAGCCUUAUGAGGAUUCUAAAUGUAGCCGCAUUUGCAGUAUCUGGUUAUGCUUCUACUGAUGGAAGAAGUUGCAAACCAUUUAAUCCAUUACUGGGGGAGACUUAUGAGGCUGACUAUCCUGAUAAAGGUCUCCGUUUUUUCUCUGAGAAGGUCAGUCAUCACCCAAUGAUUGUAGCAUGCCACUGUGAGGGCACAGGCUGGAAAUUUUGGGGAGAUAGCAAUCUGAAAAGCAAAUUUUGGGGUCGUGCUAUUCAAAUUGAUCCUGUUGGUGUUUUGACUUUGGAAUUUGAUGAUGGGGAAAUUUUCCAAUGGAGUAAGGUCACAACAUCGAUAUACAAUCUUAUUUUGGGAAAGCUAUACUGCGAUCACUAUGGUACAAUGCGUAUACAGGGUAAUGGCAACUAUUCAUGUAAGCUGAAAUUCAAAGAACAAUCUAUCAUAGAGAGAAAUCCUCACCAGGUGCAAGGCAUUGUCCAAGACCGGAAUGGGAAGACAGUGGCAACUGUUUUUGGGAAAUGGGAUGAGAGCAUCCAUUACAUGAAUGGAGACUGCUCUGGAAAAGGAAGAGGGUUUGAAUAUUUAUCUGAAGCACAUUUGCUCUGGAAGCGGAGUAGGCCUCCCAAGUUCCCCACUAGAUAUAACUUCACCCGCUUUGCUAUCACAUUGAAUGAACUCACACCUGGACUAAAGGAAAAGCUGCCACCAACUGAUUCAAGGCUGAGACCAGAUCAAAGGUGCCUGGAAAAUGGAGAGUUUGAAAUGGCAAAUUCAGAGAAGCUGCGGCUAGAGCAGCGGCAGCGGCAGGCGCGUAAAAUGCAAGAGAGUGGCUGGAAACCAUGCUGGUUUGAAAAGGACAAAGGUAGUGAUACCUACCGAUAUGUUGGUGGUUAUUGGGAGGCAAGAGAAAAGGGAAACUGGGAUUCCUGUCGUGAUAUUUUUGGUCAUAUUCCUUCUGAUCAGCUGUCAGACUAAGUAAAGCUCGAGUAUGAUUCCUUUUUUCUUUUCAUUCAUAUCUAAGUCGAAAGUUGAAUAGGCGGUCGAUGAUUGACAAUAUGAGCCUUAGUCUUCCCUUUAACAUGCAAGGAAUCCGGAUGAAGAUAUUGGCAGGUAAUAAAGGUUUCCUUUUUAUCUUGGUUCUCUCUCAUGUUUUCUUGGUGAUCUGUUUGAGUUUUGUCGAUUGAAAAACAUUGCCUAUCCUUGAUUGAACCACUCUGCCUGCCUUCGGUGUAAUCAUGACGCUGCAAAUUCAUGUAGUUCCAUUUUAGGGUCUAUUACACAACCAUACCUAUAGUUUGAGAAACAUUUUGAUUUGGUCCCUAAAUUUUCUCUAUUUAAUCACUUAAGUUUUUAGAAAUAUAGUUCAAUUGCUGACAGCCGUUGUACACAUACGCACACUCUCUCUCAGUGG